AUGGCUGAUAGAGUGCUUGUGCUUGGAAGUGGAGGCAGAGAACAUGCUCUGGCGUGGAAAUUAGCACAUUCGCCACAUGUAAAACAGGUACUAGUUGCUCCAGGAAAUGCCGGAACAGCUAACAGUGGCAAAAUCUCUAAUUCAGCUGUUUUAAUUAGCAAUCCUACUAUCCUUGCCCAGUUCUGUAAAGAUCAUAACAUUGGACUUGUGAUUGCUGGACCAGAAGCUCUACUUGCAGCUGGAAUUGUUGAUGGUUUGAAAGCUGCAGGAAUUAAAUGUUUUGGGCCGACAGCCAAGGCAGCUCAACUGGGAACAAACAGAAGCUUUGCUAAAACCUUUCUUGAUCAUUAUGGAAUCCCAACAGCAAGAUGGAAAGCAUUUACCAAUCCCCAAGAAGCUUGCACUUUUAUUACCAGUGCAGAUUUUCCUGCAUUGGUGGUAAAAUCUAGUGGUCUUGGUCCUCAAAAAGAAGCAAUUCUUGCAUCCAGUAUAGAGGAAUCCUGCAAGGCAGUGCAAGAGAUUCUUCAGGGCAACAUUUUUGGAGACACCAGAGAGACAGCCAUCAUUGAAGAACGUCUUACAGGAGAAGAGUUUUCUUGCUUAUGUUUUGUGGAUGGAGUCGCUUUUGCUACCAUGCCACCAAUCCAGGUCCAGAAGCAACUGCUAGAUGGAGACCAGGGUCCAAGCACCAUAGGAAUGGGAGCUUAUGGUCCCGUAUCGCAGAUUUCUGAAGUUCUUCUAGAAAAAAUUAAAGGCACUCUUCUUCAACAUAUUCUUAAUAGUAUGAAGCAAGAAGGCAUAUCUUAUGCAGGCAUACUACAAAUAGAUUUAAUUCUUACCAAAGAUAGUGUGAAAGUCUUAAGCUUUAACAGUCAUUUUGGUGAUCCUCAGUGCCAGGUAGUGCUUCCACUUCUUAAAAGUGAUCUUUACGAAGUAAUACAAGACACCAUUAAUGGAAGGCUCCAUGAUUCCACAUUGGUUUGGUCAGAGGAUUAUACCGCUGUAUCAGUUGUCAUGGCAAGUGAAGGCUAUCCAGAAUGUUAUAGUGAAGGCAAGGAAAUCACUGGACUCCUGCAAGCAAAAGAGCUAGGCCUGGAGGUCUUCCAUGGAGCUACCACCAUAAAAGAUAAUAAAGUGGUGAUUAAUGGAAGCAGAGUCCUUACAGUAACUGCUGUUAAGAGUGAUCUCAUAUCAGCACUGGAAGCUGCCUACAAAGGGCUAGCAGCCAUUUAUUUUCCGGGUGCAAUAUACAGGAAAGAUGUUGGUUACCGGGCUAUGAGAUUCUUCACACAGUCUGUGUAUAAAUUUGCAGAUUCUAUAGAUUACAGUGUUUUGUUUCAUCCACCUAAGCUAUUAUCUGCAAGUGGCUCCAAAUCAGGCAGCUCUAAGCAGCAAGGGGGUAGUCCUGGUCUGUUCGAUUUGAGAACAUCUGGAUAUAGUGAUCCAAUUUUGGUAUCGCAAACAAAAGGCAUUGGAACAAAACUGAAGGUGGCCCAGUUGUGCAAUAAGCAUGACAAGGUUGGCCAGGACUUGGUGGCCAUGUGUGUAAAUGAUCUCCUGUGCCAAGGAGCUGAACCCCUCUUCUUCCUUGACUAUUGCAUCUGCGGGAAACUUGAUGGUGAAGUGGCUCAGACCAUCACAGAUGGAAUAGCUGAAGCAUGUGUACUGGCAGGUUGUACCAGACUAGGAAGAGACACCAAUGAAAUGGUUGGCUUGUGUCCACCUGGAGAGUACAGCCUUGUUGGUUUUGCAGUUGGAGCUGUGGAACGAGGAAUGAAGCUUCCUCAGAAGGAGCGAAUUGUUGAUGGAGAUGUCCUAAUUGGAAUAGCUUCUUCUGGUCUUCAUACCCAAGGAUUCAACCUUGUGAGGAAAAUCAUUUUAACAUCCUCUCUACACUAUUUCUCUCCAGUUUCUAAUGGCUGCGGUGCCCAGGCUUUAGGAGAACAGUUGCUAACCCCAUCCAAAAUCUAUAGCAAAGCCCUGUUGCCUGUACUUCGUUCUGGAAAUGUAAACGCCUUCAUCCAUAUUGCUGAAGGAGGAUUGCUGGGAAGAUUUCCCCAAAUCCUUCCUGCACAAUUUAGUGCAAUUCUAGAUGCACGUAACUGGAAAAUUCCUGGAAUCUUUUCUUGGCUGCAAAAAGAGGGAGGCCUUUCAGAAAGGGAGAUGGCUCAAACACUCAACUGUGGAAUUGGUGCUGUGUUGGUGGUACAGAAGGAGCUGGCCAGGAAGGUUUUGAAGGAUGUUAAAAAAUAUGAGGAUGCAUGGCUGAUUGGGAAAGUAGUUCGCCGUCUUGCAGGGUAUCCCCAUGUAGAAAUCAGGAAUCUUCUUGAAGUGCUGCUACAAAAUAGAUCCCCAUUUCCGCAGAGUGUUUCUGAUGGGGAUAGUCUGUUCCAGGCCAUCCAUACAAAAAGAAAAGUAAAAGUAGCUGUUCUCCUCUCUGGAACAGAGUCCGCAAGCUGUGCACAGGUCGUGCUGGUAAUUGCCAACAGAUCUGGAGUGGAAGAACUGAAGACUGCAAGCCGGGCUGGCAUCCCUACUCGAGUAAUUGACCACAAACUGUAUGGAAGCCGAUCAGAAUAUGAUGGCACAAUUGAUACAGUCCUUGAAGAGUUCUCCAUUGAGUUGAUCUGUCUGGCUGGAUUUGUGAGAGUGCUGAGUAACAAUUUUCUUAAAAAAUGGAAUGGGAAAAUUUUGAGCACAUAUCCAUCGCUUUCAUCAUUAACCAAAGGCAGCAAUACCUACAAACAGGCACUUCCAGCUGCAGACAAAGUUGUUGGCUGCACAGUGCAUUUUGUACUUGAGAACACUAGUCUUGAAGCAGUAAUUGUACAAGAAUCUGCCUCCGUGGAAGCAGAGGACACAGAGGAGACCCUGUCAGAGAAGAUCAAAGAAGCAGAAGAUCGAGCAUUUCCUGUUGCUCUGCAGCUAGUUGCCAGUGGAAUGGUGCAACUAGGUGCUGAUGGCAAAACCUGCUGGAAACGAGAACAUCGGCCACUAAUCUCUCAGAAUGAAAGGAAGCAUUGUUCUUCCUCCCAUACUCUCCAGUAGCAGCCUCAGUACUGCAAUGCAUAAUAAAUGCAACAGUAACAA